AUGGUAGUUGGUGUGGUUAUAUUGAUAACCUAUGUUCUAACUCUUCUAGCCAAUGCUGUAAAUAUCCUGUUCAUUAUUUUUGACAGGAAAUUACACAAACCAAUGUAUCUUCUGAUUUGCAACCUUGCUGUUGUUGAUAUAGUGUACACCUCCAGUGCCAGUCCCACAAUGAUUGGGGUUCUACUUGCUGGGGUUAAGACUAUAUCCUAUGUACCAUGCUUAAUUCAAAUGUUUGUUUUCCACUGGGGUGGGGUGAUGGAAAUGAUAGGUGUGGUAUUAACUCUUGAGGCUCGCCAUGGCUUAAUGAUUGGGGCUAUCCUCGGUCCAUCUCUUUUAAAUCCUUUGGUGUAUUGUCUUAGGACAAAAGAAAUCAAAUGUAAGAUCUUAAAGAUAUUCAAAAAAGAUGAGACAUUUCAAUAG